AUGAGGAAAGAGAAGGGGUGGGUUUCCCAGUUCUCACGUCCGUCCCACAUACCCAGCCUAAGGAAAGUUUGGCUUACCCCGGGGAGAGCAGCGAACAUGGCAGCGCGUCGGUGGUUUUGGUCUAUCUCUGCGACUUUGGCCAUGGCGCUGCUGCUCUUGUACAAGAUUCCUUCAGCUUCUGCCCAAAGAAAAAAGGAGAUGGUGUUAUCUGAAAAGGUUAGUCAGCUGAUGGAAUGGACCAAUAAGAGACCUGUAAUCCGAAUGAAUGGAGACAAGUUCCGCCGUCUUGUUAAAGCCCCCCCAAGAAACUACUCUGUUAUUGUCAUGUUCACCGCUCUACAACUCCAUAGACAGUGUGUCGUUUGCAAGCAAGCUGAUGAAGAAUUCCAGAUCCUGGCAAACUCUUGGCGAUACUCCAAUGCAUUUACCAACAGGAUAUUUUUUGCCAUGGUGGAUUUUGAUGAAGGUUCUGAUGUAUUUCAAAUGCUAAAUAUGAAUUCAGCUCCAACGUUCAUCAACUUUCCUGCAAAAGGAAAACCCAAACGUGGUGAUACCUAUGAGUUGCAGGUGCGAGGGUUUUCGGCUGAGCAGAUUGCCCGGUGGAUUGCAGACAGAACUGAUGUCAACAUUAGAGUAAUUAGACCUCCCAAUUACGCUGGACCUCUUAUGUUGGGAUUGCUUUUGGCUGUUAUUGGUGGCCUUGUGUAUCUUCGAAGAAGCAAUAUGGAAUUUCUCUUUAAUAAAACUGGAUGGGCCUUUGCAGCUUUGUGUUUUGUGCUUGCCAUGACAUCUGGUCAGAUGUGGAAUCAUAUUAGAGGACCGCCAUAUGCUCAUAAGAAUCCCCAUACAGGACAUGUGAAUUAUAUCCAUGGAAGCAGCCAAGCCCAAUUUGUAGCUGAAACACACAUUGUUCUUCUCUUCAAUGGUGGGGUUACUUUAGGGAUGGUGCUUUUAUGUGAAGCUGCUACCUCUGACAUGGAUAUUGGGAAGAGAAAGUUAAUGUGCUUAGCUGGCAUUGGACUUGUUGUGCUAUUCUUCAGUUGGAUGCUGUCUAUUUUCAGAUCUAAGUAUCAUGGCUAUCCAUACAGCUUUCUGAUGAGUUAAAAGGAUCUUAGAGCCACAUAGACACUGUGCUAAUGGAAACUGAACAAGAACCGUAUGUUUGGAAGAAGAAUGCAACCUGUGUGUUUUGUAUUACCUCUUUUUUUCAGUGAUUUCAAUAGUUAAAUCAUUUAACCAAAGAAGAUGUGUAGUGCCUUAACAAGCAACUUUUUUUGGUCAAAAUCAUGAAGUAUUUGAAAUGAUUCUCUUCUUAACCUUCCCUUCCCAGUGAACUUGGGGAACAUUUUCUUUUGUAGAAUUAAAUACAUUAUACAGUUUUGAAGUUACUACUUCAUUGUAAUUAGAACAAAGCUCAAAAUGACUUGAGUGAGCUUUUGCUCAUCUGCUUUCCUCCUAUCAAAGGUGAGAAAUGACAGUUCUUACCCAGUCUUCAUGCAGAUUGUGUUAGAGAUAACUGCACAGGAAUCUGCUGGUUAGUUUUCCAUCUUUGCAUCUGUGUGCAAACAUGACAAAUCUUUCCUUUGGAGCCAAGAAACUACAUGUAUUCGGUGGUCUUCGGAAAAUGAAACAUUCUUCAGAGUACAGGUCUUGUCUUUAUUAAGAUUAGUUAGCUACCCUUAUGCAUGUUUUCUACUAAAAUACAGCUAGCUGUCUAUGUUUCUUCACACCUGCAGACCCAAAGCAGUAUCUCAGUAGACCAUUAGGAUUCUGCAUGACUGCCAUGUUAACUCCUUGUCUUUGAAAAUAUUUCACAUUCACUCUAUCGCCUUAGUUUCCUUUUAUUUAAAGUUGCCAUCUCUACUAAUAAUGUAGUUUAAUGCUUAAUAUCACCAUCACUUACAAAUGGUCUCUCAAAUGUCUGUGAAAGGUAGAGAUUGUCACUUAUUUUAUUUUUACCUAACAAAAUAUAAGAAAAAAGAAAAGAAAAUCAUGAAACACUGAGUAUUGGCUGUAUAUAGAGGUGGGAUGUUUAUUGAAAGCUUUUCUGGGUUUUGCUAUCAUUUUAGGCUUUAUUCUCCAUCUAAAGUUAUAGAUAAAGCCUGCACAGUGUCCUUUCCUGUCCCAGCUACUUGGGUGACUGAGGGAAGAGAGCAUUUCCUUGAGUCCAGGAAUUUGAGCCAAGCCUAGAAACAUAGUAAGACCCCAUCUCAGAAAGGAAAAAAAUCAUGCAGAGAAAGCAAA